GCAGAUCUUCAGCACUAGAAGCCUGUAAAGGAUGAGAUUGCAGUCUGUCAGCUGCACCAUGAGCUGAGCCGUAACAGCUCGAAUAGACCCUAACAAAUGGUCUCCAUGCAUGCACUGCUGCGCUUCACAGUAUGAAUUAAUGAUUAUCCUUAUUACCGUCAUUCCAGACAUGUCAUCCUGCUGAGAUCUGGUAAAGGUGGCCUGUAUUUCAUUCAUUAUACUGCAUAUGUCUGAGACUGCACCACAGACUUUAUCUCCUUGGAUGAAGGUGUAUACGGAAAGAAGAAGAAAGGAACUGCAUUAUAUCUAAAGCCCGGGACCUCAGACAUGUGGAAGCUGAACAAGAGCAAAGUUCUCAUAGAAGAUACACCUGAUGAAGAAGGGCAGACUCCGCCGGACCCCCAGAGUAAAGACCAAUUGCUUCAAGCUGAUCUCCAGUCUCCGGUGUCACAGCUUGCUACAAAGGUCCAGGGUGCUAGCUUUCGAGGCUGGAAGGAUGUGACGUCCAUAUUUAACAAAGAUGAUGAACAGCAACUGCUGAAAGGAUCAAAGUCUCCAAAGUCAAAAGUAGCUUCUGUGAAAACAAAAGAUGAAGUUAAAACAGAGAAGAAAUCUGGCUUUUGGGACAGUUUGGCGAUUAAACAAAAUGUUCAGCCUAAGAAAGCUGAUGAGAUUGAGGGCUGGGAACCCCCACAUAUUAUGGUUGAAGACCCCCCAUGCUUUGCAGAAGACCCUUUAGAUGACAAUCAUUCUUGGCAAGGCUGGGAAGAAGAAGGCACAGGAUCCUCUAAGUAUACUAAUUUGGCAAGUUCUGGAAACAGUUCUAGGUGGAGUAUUAAGUCAGCUGGUAAAUUAGUUAGUAUUAGACGGCGGAGCAAAGGCAACCUCACUGAGAAUUGGGAAGAGUUAGAAUGACGUAGCUAGAAAUUUCUCAAUAUGCAAUAUCUUUCCACAGAUUUCAUGUCAUUUUAUACCAAAAUAUCCUAAGUAUUGUAUACCUAUGUACUUUUUGUAUUUAAAGGAGUCCUUCGAAAAUAAAUUUGCACUGGUAAUCUGUUUGUUUUUUUUAAUAUUAGAACAUGUUCUAAAAUGUCUGAAAAGAAACAAAAACCCACCUGUGAAAAUGUUAGGGUGGCCUGGAUUGUGCCUACAUAACACUUGGGUAACUGCAAUGAAAGUUGGUUUUACCAAAAACAGUAAUUCCUUAGCGAAUGUAUACACUGGUUGGAACUUAGACUGCCUUAUACUGUUACCAGUAAAGGGUAUCUGCCUUGCACAUUAAACUGUCAAGUGCCUGUAUUUCACCUUGAUAAUGUAUUUGUGAUGCACAGCUUAAUUUAUUGAUAAAUUAAUUUACGUUUUUGUUGCUUUUAUGAGAGAUUUCUUUUUUAAUAAGAAUGGCAUUUUUGUGUUAGACUUGUGUUAUGCAUAGCAUUUUAUUACAUCAGAUUUUUCCAGCUAGUAUAGUACAUGACCAUUUUAUUAUGCCUAGUUGUAUAAUAUCUAUAUAGAGUUGCCCCUGUACACCAGGUUUUAUACCAUUGUGAAACUACUGGACCCAGCAUGUUUUGCUAUUAAGUAAUAUGUAUUAGGGAUCAUUGGCUCUAUUUUUUUUUUUUUUUUAAAGGAAACCUGACAUAUUUUUAAUGCUUACCUGAACCUUGAAUCAUCAGACUGGUCCUUCUCUCUACCCCUCCAACCAUAUUCCCUGUUUGGUUAUAAGGAGAUAUUUAACAAUCAAGGCCGGUAGGGUAGGGAAAGGCUUCUAGGGACCGCACCAUUGACUCAUGACUUAGCAUGAUGUCAUGACGGGUUAACUUUUAACUUAAUCACCUAUCACCUCUAAAAAUCCCCUAAACUGCAGUAACCUAUAAAUAGUUAAAAAUUACAGAUUUGCAAUUUGGAAAGCCCACUGUAAGCCUAGAAACUGAGCAUGCUGAUACCCAAAGAGGACUAUUAUGCCCAGCAACAUAAUGGAGAGGACUACUUAGACUCUUGUAUUUGUGGGUUUAUAGCAGAGGAAUGCAAGUGAGUAGAAGGAUAAAAAAUUAUUGAUUCAGAAUUGACGUCUUUUAAACAAAUUUUCUGUGUAAUUGUAGUUUAGGGUGGAGGUUUUGAAGUUACAGUGUCCCCUUAAGUACAGAAAAAAGGUUAGUCCUACUUUUCUCUGCUGGAAUCUGCUAGAACUUAAAAAUGUUGCUGUGAACAAACCCAUAGAGCGUCAGAUCUUAAUGGGAGUUGUAGUCCUACAGCCUCCGUAGAAUCACUGGCUUUUUACCUCUGCUGUAGACCAAAAAAUUUAUUUUUACUGUUAUUUCUUAGAAGAAGAAUUUUAAAAGGCUUUAGCAUGUUAGAUUCCUUUUGUUUAGAUGAUAUUUUUGUAUAUAAAGGGAGUAAAAUGUCUUUUUAUUAAAGAUUGUAUUGUCCAGCUUGCCUGUUGUAGACAUGCAUGGUUAAUGGCUAAAACUUUACCAAGGUGAAAUAACUUAGACUGACAGCUUCAGUCGGUCUCUCCAUGCAACGUAGCAUCUGUUCUGUAUGUUUAUUGCAUUGUUUUGUCAAUGUCAUUGUUAAAGUAACUGAAGAAUGUUCUUUGUAUUUUUUUCAUCUUGAAUAAAAACUUCAGUUGCA